CAGUGUAUUACGUUGGGCAUAUUGCUAUUACUUUCUCAUAUUCAGACUAGCAUUGAUUAAUUAAUCAGUAUGCAGGGCACUGAUUAACAUUGACUACUGCUUGAUAAAUUUAACGCAUGUAUAUCACACCAAAUCUAUGAUUGAUAAUUACUUUUGUGUAGAUGAUCAUGGGCAUUUGUUCACUGUUGUUGUGAAUUAUGGGGGAACAUUCAUUGGUUCUGGCAUUAACAUGUCAUACAAAGGUGGAGUGAUUGAUUCGUAUGAUUUCUGUGAGAAUGACAAGUGGAAUCUAAAAGCUUUAGAGAGAGUUUUGGAAGAUAUUGGCAUUGUCAUGAGAGAGGCAAGAGUACUAUGGUGUUUGCCAGGCAAAUCGGUGCAGAAUUUUGGUUUGGCUGAUAUUAUGAAUGAUCAAGACUGCAUUAAUAUGGCAGGUGCAGUUGCAGUUGGGCACAAGGAGUUGUCAAUAUAUGUUGAUCAUGCCGACAACAUUCCUGGGUACACAAAUGAUGAUGUAUUUCAGUUUCCAUCCCCACAUGAGACUCCUAUUGUUAGCCAAACUGAAGAAUUUUUGGGGAAACCCAGAGAGAAGAGGCAGCUCAACUUUGACACUGAUUUUCAGUUUGAUUCAGAUGGGUCAGACUUUGAGGAGGAAAUAGUUGAUAGUGACUAUGAUUUAUAUGAAGGAGAUGAUGAUCUUUAUGUGGACUGCGUUGAAGACGAAGAAGAUAUAAAAGGGAAGAAAUCAGCAGAGGAAGUUGAGCUUGAUGAAUCUGAUAAGGACCUGGAGCAGCCUGAAUCUGACGAUGAGCAAGUGAAGUUUAAGUUCAACAACUUUACAUUGAUUGACAUGGCAAAUCCACAGUUCAAAGUUGGACAAACUUUUGCUUCUGUUGAACUAUUGAGGAAAGCUAUCAGGGAAUACAGUUGCAGGGAAAGAGUCAACAUAUCCAUGCCAACAAAUGACAAGCACAGAAUUGCAGCUAGGUGUGCAGACUGUAUUUGGUACCUGUGGGCGUCAUGGGAUAGUAGAUCCAAGUGUUUCUUGAUCAAAAGGCAUGAACCAGAGCACACAUGUGAAAGGGUUUGGAAAGUGAGGGUUUUACAUACAAAUUCAUAGCAGAGAAGUACAUUGAUUAUUUCAGAGCUGAUGAGGGCAUGAAUAUCAAGAACUUAGCUAGAGGUGUUCAAAAAGAGUGGAAUAUGAUACCCUCUAGGCCUAAGUUGAGAAGAGCUAGAAGGCUAGCGAUGAGUAUCAUUUAUGGAGAUGAGGUAGAGCAGUACAACCUUUUGUGGCAGUAUGCUGUUGAAUUAAGGAGAACAAAUCCAGGGAGCACCUUUUUUCUUAAUCUAGAUAGUGAGAGCAGAUUCAACAAGUGCUACUGGAGCUUGGAUGCAAUUAAGAGGGGUUUUUUGGAGGGUUGCAGACCUGUAAUCUGUCUUGAUGGAUGUCAUUUGAAGACCAAAUUUGGAGGACAACUUCUAGCUGCUGUUGGAAUGGAUCCUAAUGACUGCAUCUAUCCAGUUGCAUUCAGCAUAGUGGAGGUGGAAGACACUGCAAACUGGAGAUGGUUCCUCGAAACUUUAAAAAAGGAUUUGGGAAUUCAUAAUACAAGUGCAUGGACAAUAAUGUCUGAUAAACAGAAAGGCUUAAUUAAGGCUGUGUCUGAGAUUUUCCCUGAGUCAGAACAUAGGUUUUGUGUUAGGCAUCUGUGGCAAAAUUUCAACCAGCUAUUCAAAGGUGAAGUCCUAAAAAAUGCUUUGGAAGAUUGCUAGAGCAACAACUGUUCAAAGGUGGGAAGAAGCUAUGGAAGAGAUGAAGUUAUUAAACAAAGAGGCAUAUGAUUGGCUAUAGAGGAGCUACCGCCCAACACUUGGGUGAGGGCAUUUCAAAGUGAUUGGCCCAAGUGUGACAUUUUGCUGAACAAGAACUGCGAAGUUUUCAACAAGUACAUACUAGAAGCUAGAGAAUUUCCAGUGCUCACCAUGAUUGACAGGAUUAAUCAACAAAUGAUGACAAGAGUAUGCGCCAAACAAGAUGAAGGAGAGAAGUUUCCAGGCCCAAUCUGCCCCAAAAUAGCAACUAAACUUACAAAGUUUGUUGAUUUGGCAGCUGAAUGCUAUGUAUUGCCAACAGGGUCAGGGGUUUUUGAUGUGAGAUUCAGAGAUAAGCAGUACAUUGUUGAUCUGCUUAACAGGAGCUGCACAUGUAGGAGAUGGGACCUUAGUGGGAUUCCAUGUCAUCAUGCAAUUGCCUGCAUGAGACAUGAGAGGAUCACACCAACUGAUCAUGUACACCCUGCUUACUCUGUGCAAAGAUUCAGAAGAGCUUAUGCUCACAACAUCAUGCCAUGUAGAGACAAGUCGGAAUGGGCUAUAGUACAUAACUGCCCUAAGGUUGCUCCUCCUCACUAUGAGAAAAAGGUUGGUAGGCCAAAGAAGAACAGAAGGAAGCAACCUGAAGAAAAGCAGAGUAAGAAGGGUGGCAUAGUAUUGUCCAAGCAUGGUGUGAUAAUUCACUGCAGCCAUUGUGGCAACCCUGGGCACAAUAAAAGUGGUUGUUCAUGGUACAAAGCUGGCAUGCCACCUAAGAAGCAAAGGAGAAAGAAAAACAGCCCAUUGCUUGAUGACUCAGAGGAGGAGGAUGUCCCAGUCGUUACACAGGAAAAUCCAGUACGUGCAAGAAAUUACACUUUUUCUGAUCUAAAUGAUGGAAAUCCAACUCUGGAGAAUGUUGAAGAUACAAUGUUAGAGGAAAUGGUACCACCACCAAACACCAGGAGUGUGCAUCCCAGGCCAUUACCAGAUUCUACUUUCAUUUCUGCAGAACAAAGUCAAAAUGUGGCCCUGGGUGGAUCUACAUCUGGUGUGCAGCAUAACAUUGCAGCCAAGGCCGAAGCAAUGAAGAUGGCCAAGCUGAGAGAACAUGAAGAAAAGAAAGAAGCCUCAGUUGCUGCAAAAUUGAAGAAAACUGCAGAAGCAAAACAACUCAAGUCUGAGCUGGCACAACAGAGAAGGUUGCAGACACAACAAAAGAAAGAAGAAGCUGCGGAGUUGAGGAAGUUGGCAGCAGCUCAUAAGAAAGAAGCUCUACUUGCAGCAAGGCAAGAGAAACUUGCUCAGAAAGAAGCUGAGAAGGCUAGAAAAGCUGCAGCAAAGCAACAUCAAGAUGCACAGAGAAGGGCUCCCAAACCAUCCACCAGCCAUCCAAAAAAAGUCUCAAUGUUUGAUGAGUUGAGGGGUUGAUUAUUGCUCUCGACGAUUGUAAUAUAGUUGAGUCAAAAUAUUUUUCACUUUGAGUCUUUAUCAGAUUGUGUAGUGAUAAAUUAUAACUGUGUUACUUUGUGCGGUAUGACUAUC